CAAUUGAUCACAAAAUCCGUUUUUCGCAGGGAGCUCCUGAACGCAGCAGUAUGAUGCUUGCAGCCUGUAAUCGUUGGGCAAUGUGUAGGAAGAGGACGACUGAAUCUCUCCAAAGAGAGUGAGUUAUCAUGUCCAGGCGGUGGCGAGAGGGUCCUCGCAGCCAUCCAGGAGACCCCCCCGGUGGCUCCAAAACAGUGCAAAUGCCUCACAAAGAUGAACAGUCAGAUGAGGUCGAGGACACGGCGAGUUCGCUGCGGAAGUUGCCGCGAUGGAUGCGGCUUUACUUUUACGGGAUGCACGGUGUUACUCUAGAUGUCUUGCUCUCGUCGUUUCGUGGUGUUUUAAUUGAUCAGGACCCUAAACUGGUGGGUUUUUCCUCUCCCUAUCUUUGCAUCAUGCAUUCACUGGCACACUUUGCGCUGGAGAAGAUCUACUCACAAAAAAGGUGUUUCCGAAUUCGGCCCGUGGUGUUUCAUCUUGUUUUCUAUCCGUCUGUCUACAUCGGGCUGCAGAUCCUCAUCGGGAACAUAAACACUUUGACCGAGCACGUACGCGUGGUGUCAGGGACGCAGCUGGCAGUGCACUACGCCCUGGCUCUGUAUUUCGUCCAGGUGUUUCACAGAGGGCUGUCAAGGCUGCAGUAUUGCCCCUCCUACCCCGCCGACCUCCACAGAAACCCCGUGGCAGAGGACAGCGGUCAUGAUGGGGGGCCUCCUCACGGUCUCCCCGGCUUUGCGCGGUUCUUGUUUUUCGGGAUGCAUGGUUUUCUGGACGAGGUGCUUUUCACAUCUGUGUUCAACUUGGUGGAGAAGUCGGACCGGACCCUCAGCGGUUACACGUCCCUGUGGUCAUUCCUGAUGUACGGCAGCUGCAGCUUCGUAGUGGAAAAGCUCUACCUUCACCUGCACUUCAGCAGAGGCUGGGGGACAUGGCGACGACUCCCCAUCUACCUCUGCUUCAUCUACACCUGGGAGUUCUCCUGGGGCCUGGUCCUGAGGCAGUUUGACGCCUGCUCCUGGGAUUAUUCCCACUAUCCUCACAACUUCAUGGGACUCAUCACCUUGCUAUACCUGCCGGGAUGGGUCUGCCUCAGUUUGUAUCAGGACGUGCUGUCUAACGUUCUCCUGAGGAUAAGGUUUAAAUACUUCCUGGGCAAAGUCUGGCCCAUGUCUGACUGAUUAUUCUAGAAAAGAACGAAUGGGCAUAGUACAUAGUAUAUUUAUUCCCAAACUGAUUUGAUGAGAAAAGUGACAGUUAUGUUUGCCAACAGACACAGUUUGGAGACAUUUAAGAGGUAAAACAGUAUAAGGUUUGGUCCAGGAUGGGUAUAUAACUUAAAACUGUGGUGUUCGUCCAGGGCUCAGUUUCAUGCCCCGGUUCAAGAUUAGCAUUUGCCACCAUAUGAAAGUACUGUAUUUAAUUUGUUCAGACAGGAGAUGUGUUGCUAUGACAAUGGAUGUUCAAUAUGGAAUACAACAUUUUGGGACAGAUAAUGUUGAGAUGAUUCCGUGUAUACUCUGGAGUCUGGACAGCUGUUAGCAGUAUGCACAUUAGACAUUUCCCAGCUGUCAGCUCUGCAGUGCCUGAUAUUUUCAGGUCCAUGAAUGAAGAUUAAACACAACUAGGACCCUGAAUGUUUACCUAAACAGUUUACAUUCAGUCAACCUCCUGCCUUUCUUAUCUGUCUCAUGUAAGACAGAUAACAUUUUUAAUGAUUACAGUAGCAGACUAGCAAUCGUACAUACUUUGUGGCGGGUCUAGAUUAAGCUGGAUCAGUUGUGUCAUUGGCAUUCUUUAACUGUAGUUCAUAUAUGUAUGAUAAAAAGAAAUUAAUUUUACAAAGCAUCAAAAAGCUUUUGUUUCAGAAGGUUUAUGAUUUAGGUUUUGUUCACCCAAGUACAUGUAUUGCCUAAAAUUCACAAGUCAGUAUCUUCAGGACAAAGAUGAUGCAAAAGCAACCAUAUCCAUUUACUUCAACUUCUUUCAUGCAAAUUGUUUUACAGUGCUCAUUUCUCUUAAUUUUUGAAGUCAUUGCAUUUUGAAACAAUCUCCUUUUCACCUAUAGUGUGCCCAUAGCAACUGUCAGAGUAGAGAUAAACCCAGAAACAUGUAGCAAGAGAAAACCUGGAUGUGAAUGGAUACGAGGAGCCAGGGGAGGUUUUACUGUGAAUCUUUUAUGAACCAAAUGUUAUUUUGCUGGUGUGUCUUGCUGUGCAAACCGAGUCAAAGAAACUAAGAGCGAGUGUCCACAAGGCUCCUUCUUUAAGUUGUAGGUUAGGGUCCAUUAUAGUCUGACAUUUCAAGCCCAUGUCAACAUAUGGAGUAAAAGUAUUUGAAACUGCAGCAACAAUGACAGUCUCGCUCUUUAUGUUAUCACUAAUUCUAUUAGUUUCACAGCAAAAUGUUUUUACUUAUCUCUAAUGAACAAGCUUUAAAAAACCUAUGUCAAUACAAAUUCAACAUACAGCAGCAGAAUAUUAAAUACUAAAGCACUAAAUGUGUAACCAUCAGAUAGUGGUUCUUUGUUGGUAGAAACUGCAGAUGUAACUGGAUAAUGUUCCAAGUACACACUGAAAUAGGACCAAUGUUCAUCAAAUUCAGGUGCACUGUGCUCAUUUUAUACUAUUUUAUAAUAGGUUGAAUAAUAUAGAAUUUUAUAAUGUUUACAAUAAGAAAUGCUCAUUGUUGCAUAGUAGAUGAAUUAAUAUCUCAGUUGUCAAACACCUCUUAAGAAUUACUUUGUUUUAUUAUCUUUUUUUUAACCUUACCCAAUGCUUUGUUAUAAGCCCCAGGUCUAGUCAGUUACAUUGUCUCUAAAGCACUGAACAAGUUUAGAUCUCAAACUGGCAGACAUUUCAUUUAAAAGGCAGUUAUUGACAGUCUUGUCACUGUACGUUUCAUAGAAGCAGCUUCAGAGUUGACACAGAAAUGUGGCUUAAAGAAAACAUAUUACAGACUUUUGUCAAUUCAAAAGGGUACAUGUCCUAAAAAACCUCCAAUGGUUUGGCUUCAUAGCAGCCUUCUGAGCACACCAGUCGAAGCACCUUCUAAGGUCCUGUCAUUUAUGAAACUGCCCUUUAAUAUUUUUUUAUAAUUAGAAUACAGUUCAUUAUAAAUACAACUCUAAAGUUUCACCAUUUGUAUUGACUUAUUGUGGAGAUGAGUAGCAUUUUCUUACACCAUUAGAUACGUUUGUGAUUUACUGGAUGCAGAGUUUGACUGAAUUUGAAAUCCAAUCCAGUCAUCCUAUUUAAUGUACAUACUGCAAUACAAUGCAAAAGUAAGGUUUUUAUGUCCUUGUACACUGGGGAGUGACAAUGAAAUACGUUAGAAUCAUUCACUUUGGAUUCUCAAAAUAAUUUUUUCUUGUCUAGUGGUGAGCUCAAUCAGAUUUCUUUCUGUAUAUUUAGAAAAUUAAUUUGCAUAAACACAUCUUAUUGUGUCAAAACGUAUUUCACGCCAUGUUAAGAAUGUACAUAGUGUGUUUUGCUUUUUCUUCUACUUGGCAGCUAUACUGAGGUCCUUAAUUUUGCAUUAAAUUUGCAUUUUCUGAACCACAGCUGCAUGUAUGAGCGACUUUUAACUUUUUACAUCUUCCAUGGCUGAAUAAGUAUAUUCUAAGUUGUUAUCCAUCGAUUAAAAACAACCAGACUGCUUUUAGAAAAGGUGUGAAAGGUUGGAAUUAAAUGCAAAUUAGUGUAAAAAUGAUGA